GCCGUGAAUUUGUUCUGGGAGAUGGACGUUGCUCCAGACAGUGUGAGCUUCGUCAAUGUUCUUGGAGCUUGCAUGGACAUCGAAGAAGGAAGAUUGGUCCACGAGCAUAUCAAAGCCAGUGGAUUUCCGGUAGACGUUCUCGUAUCGACUAGCCUGGUUAACAUGUAUGGGAGGUUCUUGAGGCUGGAGGAGGCCAAGCAGUGUUUCGAGCAAGCUCGGGAGAGAGACAGAGUCUGCUGGAACUCCAUGGUUGGAGCUUACGCACAGAACGGGUGUGGUUUGGAAGCGUUGCAUCUCUACCAGGAAAUGAGGCGAGCUCUGGUGGAACCGAACAGCGUCACUUUUGUGAAUCUUCUUGUAGCCUGUACUGCUACGGGGUUUUUAGAAGCGGGCAGGAAGAUCCAUGCCGAGGUUGCGAGCUUGGGGCUUCUAUCGACUCUCUCAGUGGGAGGAGCACUUAUCAACAUGUACAGCGAGUGCGGUGACUUGGAUGGAGCAGUACAGGUUUUUAAGGAGAUGCGUCAACUCGGAGUGAUGCCUUGGGAUGCCUUGAUCACGGCAUUCGCUCACAACAGGUUCGUCAGAGAAGCUAUCUAUCUCUUCAGCAGAAUGAGCCUCGAAGGUCAGAAGCCCAACGAGCUAACGAUCGUCAGCAUCCUUGAUGCAUGCUCCAGCGGCGGUGCUGUAAAACAAGGAUCGGCAUUCCAUAGAUGCAUUGGCGUCAGCAGCUCCGGCUUGGACGUUUCUAAUUCUCUUGUCAACAUGUAUGGGGAUGGAGAUGGGAAGGAGGCCUUGGGAGUCCACCAAAAGAUGGAACUGGAGGGACUGAAACCGGACAAGUUUACAUUCAUUUCGGUUCUCCAUGCUUGCUCUGCGAGUGAGGCCUUGGCUGAAGGUAAGGCGAUUCAUGCUCUCAUUGCAGCGUCGGGAUUUGAUUCCAGCUGCUUCGUUGCCACGACACUAAUAAAAAUGUAUGGCUGCUGCAGGUGCAUGGAAGAAGCAAAAGCUGUUUUUGAUAGAGUCGCUUCCAAGGACAUUGUUUUAUGGACUGCUUUGCUCACGGCGUACUCUCGAAACGAGGAUGCCAAAGGGGCGCUUCUUGUCUAUCGGAACAUGGACUUGGAGGGAAUGGAGAAGAACCGGUUCACAUUUUCCUCCAUCGUCAGCGUCUGUGCAGAUGCAGAAGCGCUUGCUGAAGGUCAGAAAGUUCAUUUGCACACCGUUUCUGUGGGGUAUGACAAGGAUGUCAUUGUAGGCACUACUCUGGUGGAUUUUUACUCCAAAUGCCACGACGUGGAUACUGCAAGAAGCGUCUUUGAUGGCAUCGAAGGCAAGGACAUCGUACCUUGGAACGUUAUGAUCACUGGAUUUGCUAGAAACGGCCACGGACGAGAAGCAGUCCGUCUUUACCAAAAGAUGGACCUUCCACCCGACAGCUUGACGAUGGUAGGCGUUCUUGCGGCAUGCUCCGGCCUGGGAGCUCUCGAAACAGGAGAAGUUUUGCUCGAGAGAAGCGGCUUGGAAAGAGACGAGGCUAUUGGCACGGCACUGAUAAACUUAUACGGCAAGUGUGGGAGUCUGGAGCAGGCACGGAACGUCUUCCUCGACAUGAAAUCCAGGAGGAACCUUGUCACUUGGAACUCCAUGCUGGCCGCGGCUUGCACGAAGGGUGGCUUGGAAGAUUGUGUGGAGAUCAUCCACAUGAUGGGCUUGGAGGGGAUCAUGCCGGACGAGUUAACGUUUCUCAGCGUCCUCUUCGCGUGCAGUCACGGUGGGUCGAUCCAACAGGGCCUGGAUUUGUUUCUAUCGGCUGGGGUUGAUUAUGGGAUUGCGAUGAACACCAAGCACUACGUGUGCGUAGUAGACAUCCUGGGACGAGUAGGCAGGCUGGAGGAGGCACAGGAGGUACUAAACAGGAUGCCCUUCCAAGCCAACGACGUUGCAUGGAUGACUUUGCUGGGAGCUUGCCGGAUACAUCGUGAUUUUGAGCAGGGGAGGCGUGCUGCCGAUUAUGUUAUAGAGCUGGAUCCACAAAACGCUGCUCCAUAUGCUUUGCUCUCCACCAUGUUCUCCAUGGCAGGCAGGGGUCGAAUGCCAGCAAAAGGAUGA